AUGGCGGGACGGCAGGAGAAGCUUCUGGAAGCUCAGCCACACUUGAGCGCCGAGGCUGUCACGGUCGGGGAAGCAGCGUCUGCUGCCUGCGAGUCGCUGCUCGGGGGGCAGGGGGUUCCGAGUGCUGAAAUUCCUAAUGAGGAGCCUCUGCCUGCCGGGCCAGCGGAUCCCAGCCGGAUCCGAGCCCUGCGAGGCAGCCAGCGCAGCCGAGAGGUCCGCGGGGCAGAGCCCAGCCCGGCCCCCCGCACCCCGCGGGGGCUGCAGAGCGGCAAGAGGCGGGACAGCAAACCCAACUCCCUGGAUCUCACCUUCCACCUCCUGCGCGAGUUCCUGGAGAUGUCCCGGGAGGAGAGACUGGCCCAGAAGGUGCUGAGCAAUAAGCUCCUGCUGCAGAGUAUAGGAAAAUGA